ACAGCGAGAAGAAGAACGUGUUCAUCAGUUCUUGAUGGGUCUUGAUGAUGCUAUAUAUGGGACUGUUCGUUCUCAUAUAAUUGCUCAAGAUCCUCUUCCAUCACUCAGUCGUGUAUAUGCAUUGGUGGUGCAGGAGGAAAGACACCAUACUAUUGCUAGGACACGUGAUGUACGUGUGGAAGCUGUGGGAUUUGCAGUACAAGCUCCAAAGGCGACAAAGGGACCUACUUCUAGGAUGUCCAUAACAUCUGUAGAUAAACCAACUUGUAAGAACUGUGGUAAAUCUGGUCAUGAAACGGUAAAUUAUUUCAAACUCGUUGGUUAUCCAGAUUGGUGGCUAGAAAAACAUGGUAAAGGAAAUGGAGGGCGUGCGUAUCAAGGAUCAAAUAACAGCCAAGGAAAGACACGUUUUGCUGUUGCUAAUGCCACUAUUUUUCCAACCAGUGGUGGUGAAAAUUUUAGUGGCAUCUCCCUAUCAACACAAGAUCGGGCAGCACUUAUGAAUACUCUUACAGAUUCUCAAUUGACAGCCAUAGCGAAUGUGCUUAAUUCAUCGAACAAGGAGAGUUCGAAAGGAAAUCUUACUGGACCGCACUACGAGGACCUUGAUUGGAGUGGGUGAGCAAGAGGAUGGGGUCU